CGGCGUCUAAGUUGCUGGUGCACGAACAAUACUUCCAGCUCCGCAACGCCAUUCUUUCACAAAGAACAUCUGCGACUACGCUCAUUCGACUCGGGAAACGCGAAAAUGGCGACGAACGGCGAUUACCCCUCAGACGACGAGUCUCCGCCGCAAUCACCCGCACAAAAGCCACAGGACACUGGUGAUAAUGGCGAUGUCGAGGCUGUGAGGCCAAAAGGUCCUGCAGCGGCUCCUAGAUCUGCUCUGAAGAAGACAAAUCAAGCCGCAGCGGCGGCAGCAGCACGACCACCACUGCCCGAGCAGCCAGAUCCGAAAGACCUUGAUGUUUCAUCACUCACACCUUUGUCGCCAGAGAUCAUCGCACGACAGGCGACUAUCAACAUCGGCACAAUUGGGCAUGUGGCUCACGGAAAGAGUACGGUGGUGAAGGCGAUAUCUGGUGUGCAGACUGUGCGAUUCAAGAAUGAGCUGGAGCGAAAUAUCACAAUCAAGUUGGGAUACGCAAAUGCCAAAAUCUACAAGUGCGACAACGAGGAGUGCCCGCGACCCACCUGCUACAGAAGUUACAAGAGCGAGAAGGAGGUUGAUCCGCCUUGCGAGAGGUCUGGAUGUGAUGGCACAUACAGAUUACUACGACACGUUUCAUUCGUCGAUUGCCCUGGGCACGAUAUUCUGAUGAGCACCAUGUUGUCAGGCGCCGCAGUCAUGGACGCUGCACUUCUGCUGAUUGCAGGAAACGAAACCUGCCCACAGCCCCAAACAUCAGAGCAUCUUGCUGCGAUCGAAAUCAUGAAAUUGCAGCACAUCAUCAUCUUGCAAAACAAGGUCGAUUUGAUGCGCGAAGAGGCAGCAUCCCAGCACUACGAGUCGAUCAAGAAGUUCAUCCGCGGCACAGUAGCAGAUGACUCGCCCAUCAUCCCGAUCUCUGCCCAGCUGAAGUUCAACAUCGACGCCAUCAACGAGAUGCUGGUGUCUCGAAUUCCUGUGCCCAUCCGAAACUUCCAGGACGACCCUCACCUCAUUGUCAUUCGAUCCUUCGACGUCAACAAGCCCGGUUCGGAAAUUGACGAGCUGCAAGGAGGUGUUGCUGGUGGUUCUAUCUUGACUGGUAUCUUGAAGCUCGGAGACGAGAUCGAGAUUAGGCCAGGUAUCGUGUCGAGGGACGAGGCCGGCAAGAUUCAGUGCAAGCCAAUCUUCUCUCGCGUCAUGGCGCUGCAAGCCGAGCAGAACAGUCUCAAGUUUGCCGUUCCAGGUGGCCUGAUUGGUGUUGGAACACGCAUCGACCCUACACUCUGCCGUGCCGAUCGUCUCGUCGGUUUCGUGCUUGGACUGAAAGGCAAACUCCCAAAGAUCUUCACAGAGUUGGAGGUCAACUACUUCUUGCUCCGCCGCCUGCUUGGUGUCAAGACUGCGGACGGAAAGCAAGCCAAGGUGGCCAAGCUCACAAAGAAUGAAGUGCUGAUGGUGAAUGUGGGAUCUACCGCUACUGGCGCUAAGGUCGUUGCAGUGAAGAACGAUGUAGCCAAGCUACAACUCACAUCACCAUGCUGCACAGCCAUCAACGAGAAGGUGGCGCUGUCGAGACGUAUUGAAAAGCAUUGGCGGUUGAUCGGUUGGGCAACAAUCCUGAACGGAGACACGCUGGACCCUCAGAGUGCUUAAGCCUAUUCUGACAAUGGAGGCGGAGUAAUGCCGGGGCAUCUUCUGUUGCGAUACGACAAGCUGUGCUUUUGGAGCGUUCAAUCGGUGUUCAAAAUGACUGCAUGGGGCAGGGACAUGAAUUGGGCGUGAGCGCCUGGAGACAGAUGAUAGAGAAUGAACACGAAGUCAAACACAGCUUGUUAUCGUUGCUUUACCUGGUUGGAACGGUAGAUUCAGGGGAGAGAGAGGGGCGGAGACUGGCCUUGACAUGUUCAUGAAAUUGCACGGCCCUAGCUCGAUCAUUCUUGAGUGAAUGUGUCGCUGUCGUGCUUGCAUGUGAAGAUGGCGGGGCAAGGCGAGACCGCGGGGUGUUCUUUCCGAUGCGAGAUUAGCUCCAACCUUAAAGCUAAAUAGUUGCGCUACCACACCGACGGUUUUGCAUUUCAUGACA